UUAACCGUCUUAAAGAUAUACAAAUCAUCACAAUACCGACGAGCGAGCGAAGUGGAGCAAGAACAGUUUGAAAUCGUCGCGAGGUCUUGGCUAGUCGAACACGAGAUUAAGAAGCAUCUAUGCACAUAAUUCAUUACACUGACGUUAAGGAACGAAUAAUUAUCUGUUAUUAUCGCACAAUGGGUAUUUUACGAUAUCGUCAAAAAGAUAACGACAAAAUACGAAUAAAAGAUGAAUGGAGUUUCGGCAACGGAAAUGCAUUACAUCAAACAACCAUCUUGCCGUGACGUUUCAGAGAGAAUGCGGUUUUCAAUAAGAACGCUGGCAAUUUCAAACAGCAGCAAUCGCUAAUUAUUCGCAUACGUUCAAUUAUUUUGUCAUUCUUUUCCACAAAGAAAUGGAAGUUAUCUUGCGAAUUUAAGAAACUAAUGCAGAAUCUCACCAUAUUGAAGAAAUACCAUAAGCGACACAUUAAUAAUCCUUCCUUAAAGUGGCGCAAAGUUGGAGUAGUGAAGCACUUAUUCGUGUAUCCACUGGUAAAUGUGGCCACUGCGCAGAAUGUUAUGUCGUGUUAUAUUCAUCGCAACGAAAUAGUUGGAUGUAACAAUGGAGUACCAAUACGAAAUCAUAUGUUUGUAGUGUACGACGAGAAGACCAAUAUAAUUGAAACAGACAAUGAGAUGCAUAAUUUUACAAACAUGAUAAUCUCAAUAAAAGAUGAAAAUACAAUAAUACUGAAAGAUGUAAAUGUGGAAAGCAUGCCUCUGGUUUUAAAGAACUUCGUGGUCGAUAAAAACCGUAAGACAUGUAUAAUGUCAUUCGCUCAUGAAUUUUUAGUCAAAGUAGAAGUCUCAGACUGCGGCCAAAUGGCGGCCGAGUGGCUUAAGAGCUACACCAAAAACUGGAAUUUGCGUUUGGGAUACUUAUUACGCGAUUUAAAGCCACAAAAAACAUUUAUGCACCAAUACCACAGCUUAAAUUUGGAAAAUCAGAAUUGCAAAAAUAUGAUGAUACCCUUCGAAAAUAUUCCGUGUUUGACGUUAUUAUCAAGCACAUCGUUCAAAGAAGUAGAGAAAAUAUUACCAUACACUUCGCUGCAAAUGUUACGUCCAAACAUUUUUAUUUCGACUUUUGAAAAACCGUUCAAUGAGAUAAAGUGGCAAGAGAUCAAAAUUGGAAAUGCGAUCUGCAAUAAUGUCAAACCGUGGAAAAGAUCGAAGUCACAAAUCAACUUUACAGACAUGUCCAUAGAUAUGAAAAAGGAAAAGAUGUUACUGCAUUGCGAAGUACUAUUCCCGUGGCCGGUGAAAGAAGGCGAUAAUGUGUACGUCCUCGAGGAAGAAGACAAUUAGCUUUAAAGAUAUUUAGAGAAUUUCAGAUUAAUUAUUUUUUUUUAUUUAAUUUCUUUGAUUACCUAGACAAUUGUUCGCGUGAUGCAAAAGCGAUAAUGUAAUGCGCGUGCACUGAAAAAAAGGCUUUGUAACAGUUAACAAAUGCAUUUGGUUAAGCGUUUCAGUACAAUAUUUAUAAGUGUAACUGGUAUCAUGUAUAGUAAUAUUACCAUAUAACCAUCUGGUAAUGAUUACAAGACAAUUAGUAACACAAAUUGUUCAUUUAUUUGAAUUAAUUAAAUUAUUUAGUAAAUUUAAUACCAAAUAAUUUGGUAAUAAUAACUGAAUAGUUUGACUGUUAAAUAUUUAGUUAUUUUGCAUAUAUAUCUUAUAAUGUAAUAUAUGAUGUUACUAAACAAUAAGUUUUGUUUAACGAACGGCUUGGUGAUGCGUAUUACAUAAAUUCGUAAGUCGCCAAGCCUUAACAAGAUACCAAGUUUUACUAAAAUUAUUUAUAAAUAUUUACAAAGUUAUUUAUUUAUAUUCAUCUACACGUUUAGUUGAAACCACUUAACCAAAGCAUUUAACUAAUUAUUAUCCAGGCUUAAUGAUUGCGAAACCUUUUUUCAAUGUGAGUAAAGAUGUGAAAAAUAAGUUGAACGUGUAGAAUAAGCAUUUCUUGUUAAUACUUUUGUUCUUUGGAGAAAAAUGUUUAGUAGAAAUUGCUGUGACAUUCUUAGUUGCUUUUGCAAUUAACCGCGCAAAAUACGUGAAAAGUAAAGGGAUCGAUUAACAUGCAUUGGAUGGUCAAAUGCGACUAAUAAUGUAUGAAAAUGACAAAGAUAGAUAGAAAUCCCGAAUUAAUUUAAUUAACAUUGAAUACUGACAAAAUACUUCAAAGUUAUUGAUAUCAAAUAAUAUUGUUAUUGGAAUUAUUAAUAUUGUUAUGCGACAAUAUUUUUUAACACAUUCUGUCAAACUUUAAAAGAGAUCUAUGAUCUUGUUUUUAGUCAUUCUGUUGUCGUUAAGAGAAUACGCUUUUAAGACGAGUAUCUUGAAACACAUGAAAUAAUAAUAUUAAAAGUUAUUCAUGUUAAUAAAAAAAUAAGCAAUCAGAAAAUAGAUAAUGCCGAUUAUCGAUUUUCCCAAUUUUAAUAAGAAAAACUUGAAGCUUUCUAUAAGAAAGUCGCAUUUUACUAUAUUAGCUUCAACUUAGAUUUUUACACAUAUCGCUUACUAUGCAUUGUCAAAUUACCGUCAAGAGCAUCAUUCUCUUUAACAGGUACAGAUUUAUUGGUAUAAUUACAAAUAUAUAUACAUAUAUACGUAUGCUAUACAUACUAAUUAUUCAAAAUUCAAUAAAUCAUCAUUAAAAAUUUGA